CCUGACUCCAACCUGCAAAUACUCAGUCGCAGCUUACAUAAGCGAAAUUCCCAGUUAAUUAAAGGAAAUGAACAAGAAGAUGUUGACCGGACCCAGGCCGAAGAGAUAGCUAAAAUUGGAAUUAACAUUGAUACAUAAUUGGAAUAUGGCAGUAACUGGAUCACUUGUGGCAUUGUCAUUAUUGACAGUUGGUGGUUAUAUGUUAUUCACCGGAGCCGGUGAAUCAUUUAAUGUUGGAGAAUUCUUAGAAACUACUUCACCAUAUUUAUGGGCCAGUUUAGGAAUUGGUGCAUGUAUAAGUUUUUCAGUUAUUGGAGCAGCAUGGGGGAUAUUUAUAACUGGUUCAUCAAUUAUAGGAGCAGGUGUUAAAGCUCCAAGAAUUACUACCAAGAAUUUAAUUUCAAUUAUCUUUUGUGAAGUUGUAGCUAUUUAUGGAUUAAUUAUGUCGAUUGUAUUUUCAUCAAAACUUGUUAGUAUUCCUGAAGCUCAAUUAUUUACUAAAGAAAAUUUAUAUACGGGAUUUUCAUUAUUUUGGGCUGGUAUUACAGUAGGAAUUUCAAAUUUAAUUUGUGGUGUUGCUGUUGGUAUAACUGGUUCAACAGCUGCUAUAAGUGAUGCAGCUGAUUCUUCACUUUUUGUUAAAAUUUUAGUAGUUGAAAUCUUUGGAUCAGUUUUAGGAUUGUUUGGAUUAAUUGUUGGAUUAUUAAUGGCUGGUAAAGCUCAAGAAUUUCAAUAAAUCUUUCAAUUAAUAUUACUUGCAUUCACUUAAAAACACUCUAUUUUUUAAUUCAUUAAACUAAGCCUUAUGCUUAUGUUAUUCCCAUUUAUGUCGUAUAACUUUAAUAUAGAUAACCUUUUUUAUAUUAUAUAUAUAUUAUAUUAUAUUAUAUUAUAUUUAUAAA